AUGCAGUUGGAGUUUACCAGAGUGUACCCGGUCUUCUCGUGGUCCUGGGACAUCCGUGGCGAUGAUCAAGCGGCAAAAGAGAACGAGGGCCAGGAACACCAGCACCAGCACCAGCACCACAAGGAAGACCAGCAGGAAGAGGAGGAACUGUGUGGGAUUUGUCGAGUCAGCUACAAUGGGACGUGUCCCAGCUGCAAAUUUCCUGGCGACGAUUGUCCCCUGGUCGUGGGCGAGUGCAAUCACAAUUUCCACGUCCAUUGCAUCCAGCAGUGGCUCGACACGGCGACCGCCAAGGGUUUGUGUCCAAUGUGUCGGCAGCCGUUUUCGUUGAAGCGAGGGGUUGCCAUCAACGAGUGCCAGAUGGACCGUCUUGCCAAGCUUCUGAUCCAGUCCCAGCCCUCAGGUCUGAGUGAUGAUCAGGAUAUGAUGAUGGAGCAGGAGUUUGUGGUGCGUUAG